UUUCCGGAAGUCCAGUAUCUUGUUGCAGUGUGCCGUCAUGGAUUCCUUUUGUCCAUAUGCGACAUGGUCCGCAGUGGCGAGCUGAUGAAAUACCCACUGGUGACAAUCAACAAGUUGAUUGACAUUUUUGCCGAGCCCUUCCUUUACGGCUAUGAUAUCAAAUGUGCAUUCCAUUCCAUCCUUCAACGUUCAUCCUUAGGACCUGCUGUACGAGAUCUUGGUAUUGAGGGUGUGGUGCCUGGAUUCCAUGGACAUGCCCAUAAUCGCCUUUGUUAA